GGAUGCGCCUGAGAGGCCGCCAUUUUUGCGCCAUUUGCAAACUAAUUACGAGGCCGCCUGAGAGAUGGCUACCGAGGUACGCACCACCGCAUCGCUGCCCCACCCACGCCGGUGCAGCCCCGGGCGCCGCCCGCGCGCGCAACCCCAAAAAGCAUCCAAUCCGAAAACCCUUAUUCCACGCGCGCCCCCGAAACCGCAAGCACCACGCAGGGCGAAGCCAUGCUGGCCGUCGGCCACGCCGCCUACGCGCGCAAGGACUGGCCCGCGGCCAUGAAGGCGUUCCAGCAGUCGGCCGAGGCCGGCAGCGCGGAGGGCGCGUGGGAGCUGUCGCUGAUGCACGCCCACGGCAAGACCGGCGUCGUGGACAAGGAGGAGGCCCGGAAGUGGCUGAAGAUCGCGGCCGAGGGCGGCGCGGUGAAGGCGCAGAUGUUUUUGGCACAGAUGUCGACGUUCGGGCGGGGCGGCUACGAGAAGGACGAGUCGGUGGCGUUCGAGUACUUGACGCGCGCCGCGGACCAGGGCAACGCCCACGCGACGCACCAACUGGGCGUGCGGUACCUGUACGCCGUCGGCGUCGAGCAGGACCUGGACAAGGCGAUCGAGCACUUCGACAAGGCCAUCGAGCUCGGCUCGGCGGAUGCGGUCAAAGAUCGGGAGAUCGCGCAGAAGAAAAAGAAGAUGUCCUUCACGCGCGGGAUCAAGAAGCAGAUCAGCGGCCUGCCCAUGAUCGGCCGCUCGAAGUCGAAGAGGAACACGGUCGAGUCGUCGCUGCGCAUCAAGGCCGCGUCGGCGCCCCUGAAGAGCCCGUCGUCGUCGCGGCAGACGUCGCGGCAGUCGACGCCGGCGCAGUCGCCCGUGGCGUCGCCGACGUCGCAGCCCGCGUUCGAGGAGGAGGAGGCGGUGCCGUCGCCGACCGCUGGCGCGAAGCGGCCCGCGCCGGCCGCCGCUGCCGCGGCGGCGAAGCGCCCCGCGAUCCGGGAGCCCUCGCCGCGCGCCGCGGCCGAGGCGGCCGAGACGCCGCCGCGCGCCCGCUUCGUCGAGCGCGCGGACACGUGGGAGGCGCCGCCGGCGGCGGCGGCCCCGGAGCAGGCGCUCCGGAAGUUCGCCUUCGCCUACGGCGCCAUCGUCCUGAUCGGCGUUCUGGCGGUCGCGUCCGAGUACCUCUGAUGGUGAGCUUGCAGCGCGCGGCGGCGCGUGUUUGCGGUGGGGCGUUAGUAGAGAUUCAUAAAAGGAGUCUUCAAUUCAA